AACAAAGUAAGACUUCUCUUGAAACGCGAGCUCACUCGGCUAAACUUGAGUGACAUCGCACAAGCCGACAAGCACUCAUUCCAAACACUGAGAACUUGCGCUUAAGAAACAGCGAAGGUAGAAAAGACACCGACAAAUCUAGGUACACGUCAGUCCGUACACUGUUUGUUGAGCAAUACUCCGCUACAACUUGGUUAUGUAUCCGGUUGUAGGUGCAUGCUUACAUACGUAGGCUUGUGUUGCAAGUGCUGCGCUCAACGAACCACGGCUCUUGAAUGCUCGAAGUGGCUCAGAUUGCGUAUUUUGAUUGUGGCUUACCUACUUUCUUCAGAAUUCCCGCUUGUUAGCAAUUAGCAUUGCUUUUGGUCACGCUGAGUGUAAAGGUACUUGUGAUGUACAUAUGUACAUACAUACAUGCAUACAAAUCGAUGUAAUUGUACUUGAAGUUUUGAGUGUUUUGGAGUCUUUGUGUCGAGUUUUGAAGAUGAGAACUCUUUGGUUAGACGCAAUCAGAUUUUUUGUGAGACUUCGGUUUGAGUCUCAUUCAAGAAUUUGGUAUCCUCUGCACAUCCGUGGAGUUGAAGAUUAGCAAUUUCUACAGAGCACUUACCUAGUUUUUGAAAUCGUACAAGAACAACACAUGAAAUUGGAUUUGAGUGGGAAAAUUAUAAAAAAAAUGUGGGAUGUAGUUUCUACUCUCCAGUCCCUAAAGCAAAAUCUGCAUCGUUUUGACCAAUAACUAUUACGCCAGUGGAGUUACGUUGAAUCUCUAGUUAUUCCGCCGCCAAUAAAAGAGUUAUUGUACUUUUCACUUCUUACUAGUCCACCUCUGCUGAAUGAACUAGCCAGAUACAUCUCACCGAGCAUACGCCUCUGUUCUUUGUACGUCUUACCUCAUCUACUUAUGUGCAUACAGUUGGCCGCCCUAAUCCUAACUCGUAUUCGGGAGUAGUAAAACGAGUAACCACUGGUCGGCUUAACGGUGGCAACAUCACCAUUACUUCGUGGCGCCAUAAAACCAUGUUUCCCUGCUUUCCACUGGAAGUGGUGUUGCGACGCGUUGCUAAUUACGCGAGAAAAUGUUUCAGUUUUGAAGAAUUUCUUAGAUUUUCUGAGUGCAGCCUUUAAUAAAACCUAUCUCGUUUCUCCUAGCCAACGAGCAGAGCAUCGUCCGCCAGGAUGCGGCUACACUUCCUCAAUAUAUGUGCCGGAGAUUAGUUAAAUACAGUUGACGAAACUACAGACCUAUAAGAAAUGGACGUUAGAGCCACAGGUUACAAUUUGAAUACAAUUUUGUUCGGAUGCAACUGCGAGCUCUCCUCCAGCUCUGAACAUUACUCAAAUUGAGUAGGCGAUCACACUUACACUCCCUUUUUGUGUAUAACAUCGUGAAAAUCUACGAGCUCUUCUCAACUGAUAUUUGAAUACAGAAUCAGGUCGAAAAUCUACUUUUCUAAGCGAUGUUAGUUUGAUGUUUCAUUCCUUCCAGAGAGUUAAUCUCAAAUUUGACAGUAAACUUUAUCAUAGGUUCCAUGAGCGUGGUCAGUGGGCUCACCCAGAUCAGCCUUGCGGGAAGACUUAGACACGCUGUCAAAGUCAACUCCUUACAAUUAAACAAAGCUGGUGGGAGGAGCGCAGUGCAUGAACCCACAAACAGCAGCACAGCCGCAACUCGCUUGCAAUAUCUGUUUCUUUGUGUACAAAUGCUUGCGGACAGCUUGGUAUUUACGGACACCUGCAAUCAACCGGUUUGUAUUGAAUCCAAUUGUAGUCGACUCUGGCGUGGCAAGGAAACAAUGAACUGCAAAGCCACACGCGACGGUUGCGAAGCUAAAGCUUUGUGAAAAUUAUUUUGGCUUUCUCUGUCAUUUCCAUUUCCACCGGCUGUGAGCAAAACACACAUACACGUACACAUUUAAUGUGGUGCAAGUUAGGUGGCACAACCGCCUGUCACCUAAUGAACUGCCGCACUUCAGCAUUCGCCACGAUUUCGCCCACCUUGGUGUGGCGUUUCAAGCAACAAUUGCAAUAGUUAUUCGCGAGACCUCAACGCAAACGGAUGUGACAUAGUGUCCUCAGCCUGAGACUUCAUAAAUACAAUCUACAAAGACGCAAAAUGCAACUAACUUUCAAAGAGCUGGAUAAAGACAUUGCCGCGCGCAUUGACGCACUCUUUCCGAAGAAGGAAUGCUUUAUUGAGGUCCUGCCCGGGCAUGUGGUGGUGCCGAGAAAAUAUACGAGCAUUGCCGACUCUAUACGUGAGCUGCCCAUCUACGAGGAUGAUGUAUGGAUGAUUUCCUAUCCUCGUACUGGCUCAACGUGGGCUCAAGAAAUGGUUUGGCUGCUGGGGAAUAAACUGGAUUUCGAAGGCGCUAAACAGAUGCAACAGUUGCGGUCGCCGUUGAUUGAGCUUUCUGCGCUUUUCAGCGAGGAUCAUCACGAGUGGGUGACCAAUUCCAUUGGCAACACCGUUGAUGUUGUGCGCAACAUGCCACGUCCGAGGUUUGGACGCUCACAUCUCACAUGGGAUUUACUGCCACGCGAUUUCGAAAGCGUGAAGCCGAAGAUAAUCUACACUGCACGCAAUCCUAAGGAUCUGUGCGUAUCCUUCUACUACUACUGUAAGCUGGUUCACGGACUCAAAGGCCCGUUCGAUGAUUUUCUCGAGCUCUUUCUGGACGAGCGCUCACCAAUGGGCUCAUACUGGAAUCAUGUCUUGCCCUUCUGGCAACGCCGCAAUGAGCCGAAUAUACUCUUCCUAAAGUAUGAGGACAUGAAACGCGAUCUGCCGAAAAUCAUUCGUCGUUGCGCUACAUUUCUUAAUGUGGACUAUCAACUCACCGACGAAGAUUUGGCGCGGAUUUGCGAACAUUUGAAAUUCGAUAAAAUGCAGGCAAAUCCCGCUGUCAAUUUGGAGCCUUUAUUGAAGAAUGUCUCAGACGGACAGAACGGCAACGUCCACAGUAACCAUAGCGGCGCGGAGAGUAAAUUCAUACGAAAAGGUGAAAUUGGUGAUUGGCGAAAUUAUUUAUCAACAGAGUCAUCGAAGCGCUUUGACGAAUGGAUCGAGCGAAACUCCAAGGGCAGCGGGCUGGUGUUUGAGUACGAGUAAUCCCCGUUCGCUGAGUUCUUACACAAUUUCACAAAACUUAAACUGAGAGUCGCAUGAGGUUGAUAUUGUCCAAGGAGUCUUAGCUCUAUGCUAGGCAGGAGUAAAACCGCUUGAUUGCCAAGGCGGGCGACAUCAUGUUCUGCUCUGUUCUGAUGAUUGGACUUCAUUCCGGAAUUGCUUCCUAAUUGCACAUCGGUCAGCAGGAGAUGACCGUCUGACUUCAAGUUCUGCAUAAUUUGAGAGGAAAAUAAUUAUCCCAUUACCUUUGAACAAAUAUUUUUCAACUUGUCAACAAAACGCAAUUGCAUUUUUUACGACUUUCAAUUGAGUUGAGGCGGCCAAUAUCUUUUUCACCAGUGCUCGUUAUUAAUAGACCCAUCAACUUUCAAGACAGCCGGUUCUAGCCGGCCAAAGGCUGUCACUCCUUCGGCGACUUAACCCCGUUUGGCUCAACAGAAGUAGUUUCCUUAACCUCGUAUGCCGAUGAUUGCACGCUAUUGGCGUCUGGCCAGGAUAUUGGCGACCUUUGUUCAAAAGCGAACUGCUAUCUCGCCGACCUGUUCCGCUUCUUCACUGCAAGUCAACUUAAGAUUCAACCGACUAAAUCCCCGACUACCCUCUUCACCAGCUGGACGAAGGAAUUGCCACAAAAGUCCAGAGCAGUUGAAAAAUACUCAAGGCGUUAGCCGGCAGCACCCAGUGUGAAGAUAAAGAAACCUUGCAGGCAGCCUAUAAUGCAACUGGCCGGCCGGUCGUAAACUAUGCUUGUUAGAUCACUGCCCUCAGAGCCGCCUUAAGAUCGCGACAAGGAACCUUCUAAUGUUCCCGGAGCAUUACUUGCACAGCCAAUCAUCUAUGCUAAGAGUAAAGGAUCAUAAUGCUUUGCUGUGCAAGCAAUUCUUAUUGCAAUGCAACCUAGGUAACACCCCAAUAGGCAUUCACCAGGAGUUAGUCAGCACCUUGAAAGACUUUCUUCCCGUAAAUGGCGUGCUCAGAGAAAAAGCACCACCUAUUGCAGACAAAGAGCUUAAGCUGCCAUGAGAGACCCGCGAGACACCGGCACAACUCAGAUUUGGAUAUUGUAGCAGGUUAAACUCCCUUUUAUCCAUACUCUACCCUAGGAAAUCCAAAGUAUGCCCUGCGUUUGGAGAGUCUCCGCACGACAUUGACCACCUCUCAACAUGACCCCUAAACCGACACAUCUAACCCCCCUCUCCCUCUGGUCCGAUCAUGUUGAAACAGCACGUUUCCCCGACCUCCCAUUAGGUGACCUCGCUCUCCAAGGAUUAACUCAGCCGCUGCAAAUACCCAUUGCGAUAACGCUAUAAAGUGUCUGCCCCCUCAAACGCUAACCAUUAGGAAAAUUGUUCAUACAGGCCAAGGCUAGCUCUACAACAUAAUCGUGAAUGUAUUUUCCAGUUAACCGGUGUCAGGUGGUGGUUAGGGCUGGAUAAUGACAAUGCAUGUGUGUUGCUCUAGACAGAGAUAUAUCCGCAUCAUGUGCCGAGUUUAUGGUCCCUUUUCUCCUCCGCCACGCAAUCACGGUCGGACUUCUUCAAGAGACCGUUUAAAUUAUUUCUAAAUGUCUACAUUUAAUCGAUUUUUAAAGAAGAAAAUCAUAUUUAUAUUGUUUCGAAGGGAAAGCUACAAAUAUUGCAUGAAUGUAGUAAAAUAAUAUACGUUUUUGUUAGUUAUGUUCGACCGAAUAUCGCGGCU